CUGCACCCCGUGUGCUGAGCUCCCUGAUGUCUGGGCAGGUCUACAAGUCUGGGCCCGGUCUCAUCUGAAGAGGGAGGAGGCGGAGAUCAUACUCACACUGUGAUUAUCUAAAGCCAUCUUGUGAUCCUUACAUACUUGUGUCUGUGUACUUUCAAACAGUAAAAAUGGGCAACUGGGUCGCCCGUGAGGACUACGAAUGGGUUUAUACGGACCAGCCCCAUGCCGACAGGAGAAAAGCGAUCCUGGCUAAAUACCCUGAAAUCAAGUCGUUGAUGGGUCCUGACCCGAGGUUGAAAUGGAUUGUGUGCAUGAUGGUGGUGAUACAGUUUUUAGCUUUCUACCUGGUCAAAGACUUGGACUGGAAAUGGGUUUUGUUUUGGACCUAUGCCUUUGGCAGCUGUAUCAAUCAUUCAAUGACCCUUGCUAUUCAUGAGAUCUCCCACAACGCGGCCUUUGGAAACAACAAGGCCAUGUGGAAUCGAUACUUUGCCAUGUUUGCCAACCUGCCAAUCGGCCUUCCCUACUCUGCCUCCUUCAAACGCUAUCAUCUGGACCAUCAUCGCUAUCUUGGUGGAGACGGUGUAGAUGUCGACAUCCCUACUGAGUUUGAAGGCUGGUUCUUCUGCACACGCUUCCGCAAGUUCAUCUGGAUUAUUCUGCAGCCACUUUUCUAUGCCGUCCGGCCCCUCUGCAUCAACCCCAAACCCAUCACUCAGCUGGAGGUGACCAACCUGGCAAUCCAGCUCACCUUUAACAUCCUGCUCUACUGGGUGUGGGGGGCCAAGCCUGUGGUCUACAUGCUGGCUGGUUCCUUGCUGGGGAUGGGCAUGCACCCCAUCUCUGGUCACUUCAUUGCUGAGCACUACAUGUUCCUCAAGGGCCAUGAGACCUACUCCUACUAUGGCUCCCUCAACCUGCUAACCUUCAAUGUGGGCUACCACAAUGAGCACCAUGACUUUCCCAGCAUCCCAGGACGCAGGCUGCCUAUGGUGAAGAAAAUAGCAGCUGAGUAUUAUGAUGAGCUGCCUCAGUACACGUCAUGGAUGAAGGUCCUGUACGACUUCAUCAUGGACGACGCACUGAGCCCGUACUCUCGAGUCAAGAGGAAGCUGAAGGGUGACGUCAAACAGGAGUAACAUCACUGAAAGCAGCGGUUUCCACCACGACAGCAGCCCCGCUCACCGUCCUAUUAACCUAACAGCUUCUGCGGAUUAAUACAUUCAACAUGUGAAAUCAUGGUGGAGAUUGUAUACAUUAGUCUUGGUUUUUGCUUUUGCUCCAGAGGAAUAGGAAAUGGUUUCAGGUAUUUGUUAUAUCCAGGUAAGAAAAACCAAAAGAAGUGAUGUGAGAUUAAACAUGUAAAAAGGGACUUGCUGCACAAAGACUUCACCUUAAAAUACUUUCUUAAUCUUAAUUACUUCCCAGCUGACCUGCGCUCACACCUAUAGCUCACACAUACAGUACUGGAAGUGUAUUUUGUGUUUGUUUGAUUCGCACUAGAGUUAAUGAGACCUGUAUUUAAACAGAAAAAGUCAAACAUUUUGUGCGCACACAGUUCACACACAACACAAGACCUAAUGUGAAGCGCACAGCCAUGUCAUCAUGGUUACAAUGACCAUAUCACAAUUGAUUAAUUAUCAAUCAAUCCAAUUUUAUUUGUAUAGACCCUAUUGACAAAUCACAAUUUGUCUUAUAGGGCUUUAAAAAAGUGUGACCUCCUCUGCCCUUAACCCUCAACAAGAGUAAGGAAAAACUUCAGAAACACCUUUUUAAAAGGGUAAAAAUACCAUAGAAACGUCAGCCAGAGCCACAUGUGAGGGAUCCUGGGAGAGUCCCGGGACGGACAGAAGUGCAAUAGAUGCCACGUGUAAUGGAGAACAUCAGGAAGAAAUUACUAAAUAAAUGAGUGAAGAGCGACGGAGACGAGCAUGCACGCAGACAGGAGACCAGUUCCUUAGAUUAUGAUUCAAAUAGAUAUGACACUGCGUCUGACACACACCUUUGAACCACACUGGAAGCUCAGAGACUUUGAUGUACCAGAAGGGUGCGCAGCCUCAACUGUGCAGUUGUUUCACAUCCGACGUCAAAAAAGUUUGUCCAAGCUGUAACUGGAUCCUCAAACCUCAUUUCUCAUGGCAUACCAGUGAGAAACCACUAGUCAGCAGUGUCAGUGGAUGUAGGCUGGCCUAAAUAAAAGUCUUUGUGCACCCAGCCCCUGAUGUUUAAGAAAGACACACAGACAACUAACAAUAAACUCCCAAUAUAGUACCAUUUACUUAGGUGACAAACCACAUCCAAGGCUUUCUACGUUCAAGUGUGUGUUGUGCCACAUACAUGAAUUGUAUAAAAGUGAAUGACCCAGUAUACCUUCCUCCUAUUUUGGAGCAAAGUCAAACUACCCCCCCUAUGAACUGAUCUGUCACAACAUUCUGCUGUUUUAUCUCUUGAUUAUGUUUUGAGUCCACCCACCCCCCCCCCCACCACCACCACUUCCCCUUCUUUUUAACCUGCAACAUUUUAAUGCAGCACAACAUUAUAUAAUCUAUUGUCAUUCGUCCAUGCAACCUGUGAAUGUAACAGUCAGGAGAAGAGUCCGUUUGAGGUUGUAUUGCAUACUAGAUGACAGUGUGUUAUCAUUAGGGCCUUAGAGCUUUGUUUUCAAUUUUGCCAUUGUCUUAAUUUCAUUUUUAUGAAUUAAUUCAUGUUGAUGAGAAUUUGUUUGCCAAGAAGUAUUUAAUGUUAAAA